GCGUCUUUCCCAAGUGGCGCUGGACGUUCACGACAUGGAUGACUUUUCUGAUUUCGUUUUGCGUUUGACAUCGACAAAUGAUUUCGCUGGAUUUGUACAACGUGCAUUAGAGCAGCAUGAAAAGCUUACAGGGCUGUCAGCACCGCGACACCGGCUACGCGAUUGGAAAAGCCCUUUCGAACGCUUUGGCGACGACGAAUUCAGGUCGCGGUACCUUUUCAGCAAGGAUGCCGUACUAGAGCUUCAUAAGCUUCUGGGUCUUCGCACAAAAUCUAAUCGUGGUUGCCCCGUGCAUCCUCUCCACCAACUGUUAAUAACGUUACGUUACUUUGCAAGCGCGUCCUUCCAAGCUGUGGCAGGCGAUUUAGAGAACGUGAGCCAGGCAUCUGUCAGUCGUUGUGUUGCAACGAUAUCACGGGCCGUUGCGAACUUGAGACUGAGAUAUGUCAGACUGCCUGAGAGCCACGAAAUACCUGGGGUUAAGGAAGAGUUCCGGGCUCUGGCAGGGUUCCCAGAUGUCACUGGCUGUGUAUUAAGCAGACAUGUGCACAUCCUCAACCCAGGCGGAGAGUUGAGCAACAUGUAUUUGAACGAACAUGGAUUCUGCUCUAUUAAUGUUCAGAUGACAUGUGGUCCCAAAAUGCAGUUCUACAAUAUUAUGGCCGAUUCGCCUGGAGGAAUCCAGGCAAGCAAUGUGCUCGAGGAAAGUGACUUUGGUGCACUUUUAACCAGUGGCAGGUACCCGGGUAUAAUCCUUGCUGAUUCUGCAUAUCCUUGCACGGACUACCUGUUUACUCCUCUUGAGUCACCCACCACUGCUAGUGAAAAGCGAUACAACGAAUCUCACUCAAAGACAUAUCAAGUAGCCCAAGACACUGUAGGACUGUGGAAAAGGCGUUUUCGCUGCCUCAGUUCUAGACUCUCCACCAAGCUGCAUACAUCUAUUGCAAUUGUAGUCGCCACAGCAGUUUUGCACAAUUUUGCACUAGAGAAGAAGGAACCACUGCCCGAACUAAACGAGAGCACAGAUCGAACAGUGCUGCCGGAACAGCAGACACCUCCCAAGUCAUACAGCGUCGAAGUUGCAGGAAGGACUGAAUUCAUUGCGCAAAACUUUUAGAGUGCUCCUUUUAUGUGUUUCCAAGUGUGUGGAACAUGUACAUAAAUAAACUGUGAUAUCGUGAUAUACAUAUUGCUGGACUGAAUUUGUUCAACUGGCAGUGUGCUACGUACAUCAGCGUGUUGACAUCAACAAAUUCAUGGCCCCCUUUGUGCUAGAGAGGCUUCCCCCAGUAUGCGUUCGUUUAUUGUAUCCGAGCAACGCGAGAGUCGACUCUAGGGGGACGAAAAUGCCAGGGCGUGGCUCUCACGACGCGAUCCCUGUGGC